AUGUCGACUAUAACGCGCACACUGCGCAAUCUGCGGCGAAUUGGGGUUAAGCAGUAUGCGAUGCAAAUGCUGUACAUCGGCGACACCAGAGCCGGGACGCUGGUUGGCACCGACCGCAUGGGCAACAAAUUCUACGAGAACAUAACCGAGGAGCUGCCAUUACGGACACGGUGGAUCGAAUACUCCAAUCACGAGCUCGACGCCUCACACAUCGACCCAGGCUGGCACGCAUGGAUCUCAUACCUGGUCGACAAGCCCCCAUCCGAAGACAGCAUAAUGAAGAUCGGGCUGCGGCCGUGGGAGAGUCCAAACACAAGAAUUAAUUAUACGCAGAGUCGGGGUGCUUAUAAGCCUUAUUCGACGUGA